AUGCGCAUAAAUAUAGAUACUGGGGCGGAAAUACACGUGAUUGUGCUUCAACCAUGCCCUGAUCGCCUGAAGCAGGUGCCAGUUAACGUAAUCCGCAUCACCCUCAGCCUCGGUUCGUCGGGCCAGGCCCCCGCAAACAACGGCUCACCUCAAAUCUCCAACAACUUCGGCAGUCGCGUUACCGAUCGUCAUUCAAUAUCUACCUUCAAGCAACAUAUAGAUACCCUUUCCCUUGGUAAAGAGAGCACUAAAGACAAGAUGGUCUCAGAACAAGACAUCACCGUCACAUACAAAGACCGAAUCGCGAUAAUCACGCUCAAUCAACCAAAGAAGCUCAAUGCUCUGAGUGGAGACCACUACUACCUCCUCGGGGAGCGGCUCCGCGAGGUUGACAAGCGCGAUGACAUUACCAUCACUGUCAUCACUGGCACCGGGCGUUUCUUCUCUGCAGGCGCAGACGUAACCUCCGCCCGCCCCGGCGCUGGUCUUGGCACAAACGUGCGCCGUGAACUCGUCCGCAACUUCGUCGUCAACAACAUCGACAUUACGCACACUUUCUCCCACCACUCCAAGAUCCUGGUCGCAGCUCUGAACGGCCCCGCCGUAGGCCUCUCAGCCGCCCUGGUUGCCCUCGCAGACUUCGUCUACGCCGCGCCCCACACCUUCAUCCUAACGCCUUUCUCGUCACUUGGUCUUGUCGCCGAGGGUGGUGCUUCCACAGCGUUUGUCGAGCGCCUCGGAAUUGCGAAGGCCAACGAAGCGCUUAUCCAGAGCAAGCGAAUCACGUGUGAAGAGCUUGUGAGCGCUGGUUUCGUGAAUAAGGUUAUAUCCGCGCCAAGCGGGAAGCCCGAGGAUUCGGAUGGCUUCUUGAAGAAGGUGUUGGAAGAGGUUGAGGAUAGGAUGGGCGCGCAUUUGAGCCAGAGCUCGUUGUUAAGAAUCAAGGAAUUGAUUCGGCGGCCAGGCAGAGAGCUUAUGGAUCGACAAAAUACGAUCGAGGCGUUCCAAGGCCUGGAGAGGUUUUUGGCGGGGAUUCCGCAGGAGGAGUUUAGGAAGUUGGCGACUGGCGAGAAGAGGCAUAAGCUUUAG